AUGGCUUCUCAAGCUGAUGAUGCUCCGGCCCAAGCCAGCAUUGGCGCGGGUGACAUCAAGGAGCAUGUCCACGAGGAACUUCAUCGAAGAAAGCGACAAGACUCCACCGCGACCGUGUUUCCCGAGCCUCUACGAGAAAGCGAUGCCGAAGACGAUGAAGAGGAUGACACUACACAAGGGCCACCGAUGUUCAUGAACAUGAACCAGAGCAUAUUCGGUCUUAUUGCGACUGCUAGCUCUCGUGUCGACUUUAAUGAUCGAUUCGAUGGAAUGAGUAGUGACGAAGAGGGUGAAGGAUCAUCAUCACAACAUAGCCGUGACCAUAUCGCACAAACAUCGAUCCUACAGCCAGGAGGCAAGGGAAAGGACAAAGGGCAUAGAAGGAAAAAGCUUUCGGAGCAUAAAUUGUUGCGAUCGCUACCUGCGUUGCCUAAACUUCGUUCCCGGCAUAAAUCCCAGCCAUCUCGACUAUCUGCUCCGGUUGAGACUGCUGAUGAAUCCGACGUGGAAGACAACGGCACUUUUUCGCCUGCGCCAGCUCUUACGCUGACACGCCAAGAUACCCAGGGUGUCAUGAGUAGGAUGUUGGAGGCCAAGGCCGACUUGUCUAGCAGACCCAGCUUCGAUCUGGACCGUUUAUCAUCUGAUAUUAGUCGAUCUAGUGAUGGCGAGGUGGUCUCGGCUCUGGCAAAGAAGCUCAAGGAGAUUUUCGAGUUUGAUACAUACGAGCAGGUCAUUGAAGAAUACCCCUGCUGGCUGCUACAGAGUGUCCUUCUUCAAGGAUACAUGUACAUCACCUCCAAGCAUAUCUGCUUUUACGCAUACCUCCCCAAGAAGGCAAAUGAGGCCGUCAAGUCAGGGUACCUAUCGAAGAGCGGCAAACGCAACCCAAGCUACACAAGGUUUUGGUUCCGACUAAAGGGCGAUGUUUUGGCAUAUUACAAGACUGCAACAGACGUUUACUUCCCCCAUGGACAGAUUGAUCUGCGAUACGGCAUCUCAGCAAACAUCGUGGACAAGGAUAAGGAAGGUCUACACUUCACAGUUGAGACACAUCAUCGAACGUACAAGUUCAGGGCCGACAGCGCUCCAAGUGCGAAAGAAUGGGUCAAGAGCCUGCAGAGAGUCAUCUUCCGAAGUCACAACGAUGGCGACAGCGUCAAGAUCUCAUUACCAAUCAAAAAUGUGAUCGAUAUUGAAGAUACUCAGAUGAUUGCGUUCGCCGAUACUUGCAAGGUUAGAGUCAUUGACAAUGAUGAGACAUAUGCUAUUGACGAGUACUUUUUCUCCUUCUUCAGCUUUGGGAAGGACGCCAUUAAUGUGCUCAAGAUCCUCAUUGAGGCUUCUGCAGAAAGCCGGUCAGCGGAGAAAGCUGUGUCUAGCCGUGAGGAGAACGAGAGCUCUCAAUCUCCGUCCGGCCGGACAUCGAUGGCAGCAAGCCGUCAUCUUCCCCGAAUUGACAGACUGCACACAGGAAAGCUUCCCGAUACCGUGAAGGCCACACUGGCUCCCAUGUCGCCAUUGUCGCCUCAUUCACCAAGCCAACUGAGCCCUCGGGCAAGUAUAGACGCUCCACGAACAAGUUUUGACGGUUUCAGAAGAUUUGGACGCAAGAGUAUAGAUGUACCAAGUUCCAUCGGAGACUUCAGCCCUCGCAGGAGCUUUAGCGGCACCAGACGAUCAACGAGUCGUCAUCAACACGGCAGCACGACUCCCAAACAGCAACAGGCUCAGGACUCGGGAGAUUCGUUCGUUCAUUCAUCGAUCGACAACCCAAGUAUCUCCACACUAUCACCGUCUUCGUUUGAGGAUCCAUCCGCGAGCCAGAUCCUUCAAGGAAGCGAGGUCUUUCACAGCCCGACGAUGCGACGCUCUGCUUCGGCAUCUAGAAAGCGCGAACAGUCUGGGAAGAAAACACCUCGGAACUCUAGCUCGAACCGAGAGCGCCCUCGUCAUAUUCACCAUGCCGCAACGACAGGCGCCAUGCAGGAAAUGGGUGGUGAAGCUAGUGAUUCUCAGCGUCCAGUCACCCCAACACUCAACAGUAUCACUAAGAUUGGAGCAUAUCCCUUACAACGAGCUAAUGCCUUUGCGGAGUAUCUCAGUCGUACAAGCCAGCGUAUGGGUUCUAUGUUUGCGACCGAGUCACUGGGUUAUGUGGAAAAGGUACAUGGCAUGUGGAAAGGAGAACAUAGGCAUUACGAUGAGCCCCAAGAGCUCAAGACUGAUGAUGAUGGCGAUGACAUCGACUCAGACGCAGAAGACAAGACACAGACCGCCAUGGACCGAUUCCGGGCGCAUUUCACCCUCCCCGAGUCAGAGAAGCUUAUUGCAACGUACUUUGGGGCUAUCUUCAAGGUUUUGCCUCUUUAUGGAAAGUUCUAUAUCAGUGAUCGAUCAUUCUGCUUCCGGAGUUUGUAUCCCGGCACAAGAACAAAGCUCAUCCUGCCUUUGAAGGAUAUCGAGAAUGUUCACAAGGAAAAGGGUUUUCGGUUCGGUUACUACGGCCUUACAGUCGUCAUCCGUGGUCACGAGGAGCUAUUCUUUGAGUUUAGGCGCCCAGGGCUCCGAGAUGAUUGCGCGGUGACGCUGCAUCAACUCAUGGAGACUAACCGUUUCCUUGAGAAGUCCGGUUUCCUUGAUCAAGAGGAGCAAGACGAUGAAGAAGCUGCUGCUGCAAUUGCGGAGCGCGACGCGCUGAAGGCUGCGCGACAGGAUGAGUUUGUCAACCACGAACUGGAGCUACCACGCGAGACCUCUGGAGUUUCGAACGCUCCGACAAUAUUGUUUGAUAACCCCAAUUCAUCCGGUCUUGCGUUCAAGCCGCAAAAGUCGAUGAAGAUCACAUGUCUCACCAUCGGAUCUCGAGGUGAUGUACAACCAUACAUUGCCUUGUGCAAGGGUCUUAUUGCUGAAGGCCACAAGCCUCGGAUUGCCACACAUGCGGAAUUCCAAGGAUGGAUCGAGUCACACGGUAUCGAGUUUGCCCGAGUUGAGGGCGACCCUGGUGAGCUGAUGCGUCUUUGUAUCGAGAAUGGAACAUUCACAUGGGCUUUCCUUCGGGAGGCAAACUCGACCUUCCGAGGAUGGCUUGACGAACUUCUCGACUCUGCCUACACAGCAUGUGAGGGCUCUGAACUUCUCAUUGAGUCUCCUUCUGCCAUGGCUGGCAUUCACAUCGCGGAGAAGCUUGGUAUUCCCUAUUUCCGAGCGUUCACUAUGCCUUGGACUAGGACACGAGCAUAUCCUCACGCUUUUAUCAUGCCUGAGCACAAGAUGGGAGGUGCAUACAACUAUAUGACAUAUGUCAUGUUUGACAACAUCUUUUGGAAAGCUACGGCUUACCAGGUGAAUCGAUGGAGACGAAAGACGCUUGGCCUGCCUAGCACCAACCUUGAGAAGAUGCAGCCUAAUAAGGUGCCCUUCCUGUACAACUUCAGUCCUAGCGUGGUCGCACCUCCUCUGGACUUUUCCGAUUGGAUUAGAGUAACUGGCUACUGGUUCCUCAAUGAGGGAGGUGACUGGGAGCCGCCUCAGGAGCUGCAGAACUUUAUCGCCAAAGCCAGGGCGGACGGAAAGAAGUUGGUCUACGUCGGGUUUGGUUCCAUCAUCGUCAAGGACCCUGCCAAGAUGACACAAGAGGUUAUCGACGCUGUUCUCAAGGCAGAUGUUCGGUGCAUUUUAUCGAAGGGCUGGUCAGACCGUAUCUCACCGAAAGACGACCCGUCCAAGCCUCGCCCCGAAGAGCCAGAGAUGCCUCCAGAGAUCCAUGUAAUUAAGUCCGCCCCACACGAUUGGCUCUUCAGUCAGAUCGACGCUGCUGCGCAUCACGGUGGUUCUGGAACAACAGGCGCCAGUCUUCGUGCCGGUAUUCCCACCAUCAUUCGUCCAUUCUUUGGCGACCAGUUCUUCUUUGCUACACGGGUUGAGGAUCUUGGUGUUGGAGUCUGGGUGAAGAAAUGGGGUACCAACAGCUUCGGUCGAGCCCUUUGGGAAGUGACGCGAAACGAGCGCAUGAUUGUAAAGGCUCGUGUCCUUGGCGAACAGAUCCGCAGUGAAUCGGGUGUCGAUAGCGCCAUCCAGUGCAUCUACCGCGAUCUCGAAUACGCCAAGAGUCUCAUCAAGCGCAACGCCGGUAAGACUGCCCAACACGACGCAAAUGAGGACGACGACACAGAGGAGAGCUGGACAUUUGUCGGAAGAGAUGAGCCAGAUCCCGACGCUGUGACGAAGAAGCUGAGUGAGGGUUUGGUAGACACUGAGAAGCCGCUAUCUUUGGGUAGCCAGGCGCCUUCGACUGCUGUGGCAUGA